AGAUGGACGACAAGGAGCACAGUGUAAGUCAAAUGUAAAUGGUUUAUGUUUUUAGCUCGGCGUUACAUAAUACCUCACCCAUGUCGUCGAAUUGCAGCUGAAUGCAUAGAUGUUACAAUAAUGAUGAUACUGAAGCUGACUGUAUUGUAUUUCUUCAGGAAUGACUCAAGUGUGAUUGAGCUCGCUAAAAGUAUUGGUUCAGACAUCCUGUCUGGUGUCCCAGAAUAUCGAACGCUACGGCACGCACAUGGCUGGGCGAAGUCGGAAUUCAGUGGCAAAGAUUUCCAAGUUUCAAGCAUUUGGAGGUUGUUCUUCUUUGCACAUAUGGGUGCAAGGGAAGAUUUUCUCGAUUUCGAAAUGUUAAUCCUAGUCGAUCAGAUUGGCCGAUUUCUUAGCGCCCUUCUAGAGGCAAUGUUAAUCAGACGAUCAAUUUUUGGAUCUGAUCCUGGGGGUGCGACUUUGGGAAAAUGGUUAAUGAACCUUAAAGUCGUUUCGUGUGAGGAAAUUAUAGCUUUUCCAGAUGUUGUAGAAGUAAUCCCAGGAGCGGAUUUGGGAAUUAUUCGAGCACUAGUACGUUCGUUGCUGAAGAGUACAAACUUCCUUACUUUCUUUUCAUUUGUUUGUAUGAUGGUGUUUCAAUAUCACCGGUGUACUUACGAUAUAAUUGCUGGAACUUUAGUAGUACAACCUAUUCCUCCCACUAAUGAACCAAAUAAUGAAGCGAAGUCUUUGGAAUUAAUUACUCAAACUGAGUAUCUCCAAAGAUUCACGAUGUUCACGAAGCUGAAACCAAUUAUUAUUGGUUUCCUGUGUGUUAACGUAAUGUUUUUACAUGACCUUGAACAGCGUGAAAGAGUUCCAUCUUUUAAUGGAUUUUCUGGAAGUCGACUCCAGAAUUGAUACGAAGAUCUGAAAAGUUAAGACACCCUUUUUUUGUUAAUAAAAGUUCGAAAUCAAGUGUAAAAUUUAUGAAGCACUAGUGAUUGACUACUCUUUUUCUGUUCUUUUUAUCCAAAAUACAACUGUUCGUAUAGUUUGUAGUGUAUCAGAGAAAAUGCAAGUUAGUAAUUGACAAUAGUAAUCAAAUAAUGGGUAAAAAGGCGAUAGUUUCUCUAUAAUCUGGAGCAAGAACAAAAAGUAAAGAAAUUCUCACCAGUGUCUUGUGCAUAUUCUGUCUGUCGUGUGUCAGCCUUUUGGAGCAUCACUUUCAUGUUGUCUUGUUAAAACAAAAUCUGAGUGGAAGACAGUUUUGAAACAGUAACACUUAUUCUCUUGGUAUCUAUUGGUCACUUGUGAAUAAUCAUAUCCACACAACUUGUGUAUGCAUUCGGGUUUUUAACCGUCAUACCUUACUGGAAUCCAUACAAUUCUUACUUUUCAAGUAUAUUAUUGUAAACUGUAUAACCCCGGAGUCCAACACAGUGACACAAGUGUGUAAACACCAUAUCUUCACCGAAAUCUUGGACACAAUAUUUAUUAUAUAGUUUUAUGACAUUUUAUUGAUCAUUUUAUUUUCCGUCUAAUUCACAAUUGUCAAUUUUCUCCAUUAAACGUCCUUUACGUUUCCUGUGGUUUUUCUGUUACAAGAAUUGCCUGUUAAAAUGUUUUAGCCAUUCUGUGUAACAUGAGUAUAUCUGAUAACCUUGAGA